AUUACUCUUGCAAGAACUCUUAAAGCUUUAGUGUUGCUUAGAGGACUUGUUAUUGAAUGGGUGGUGGUCAAAGGAUUUAAUGAAGACUUCUGUAAAGAAGAUGAGAAGCUGGAUAUGUGGUCAGGAUCUCGCUAUAAAGUGUUUCAAAAGGUUACAGAUCAUGCAAAUGCAGCAAUGCUCCAUUUCUAUUCUCCACUGAUGCCAGAUAGGGCACUCAAGUCUUUUGUUACUUGGCUUCAUAGCUAUGCAUCCUUAUUUUCUGCUACUUGUCGUCGCUGUGGAAACCGUCUUCACAACAAUAUGCCUCCAACUUGGAGAGAUGUUCGAAGUUUAGAUAUAUUCCAUGAGGCAUGCAAGCCAUAGAAAUUUCAUUACCUUUUAUGCCAAUUUCUUUGCUUAUUAAAAAAAUUUUCAUCA